GAGGUGAGAAGAUUUGAGUUAAAAAAAAAAAGGGCCAAACAAUGUCUUCUUCAUCGUCAGAGUCCAAUCAGCUCCCAGUGAAACCAAUUCCGGGAACCUAUGGCCCGCCGUUCUUCGGAGCCAUCGCAGACCGACGCGACUUCUUCUACAACCUUGGCCGAGAAAAGUUCUUCACUUCCAAAAUCGAAAAAUAUCAAUCCACGGUGUUCCGAACCAACAUGCCCCCGGGUCCGUUCAUCGCUUCCGACGCCAGGGUAGUCGCCGUCCUUGACGCCGCCAGCUUCCCCGUCCUCUUUGACGUCUCCAAGGUGGAGAAGCGCGACCUCUUCACCGGAACCUACAUGCCGUCCACCGACCUCACCGGCGGCUACCGUGUCUGCUCCUACCUUGACCCCUCCGAGCCCAAGCACGCCCUCAUUAAGCGCUUCCUUUUCUCCCUCCUCGCCGCCCGUCACGACAAGGUACUGCCACUGCAUAAAAGCUCCUUGUCCAAGAUUUUUCUGCAACUGGAACAAGAUAUCUCUGCUAAAGGCGAAGCAGACUUCAACACCAUCAGCGACAACGAAUCCUUCAACUUCGUGUUCAAUCUCUUCUGCGGGGUAUACCCGACCCAGACCAAACUCGGAUCGGAUGGCCCAAAACUGAUUCAGAACUGGUUGGUGGCUCAGCUCGCUCCAAUUUUAACGCUCGGCCUUCCCAAAAUCUUGAGCCUGGCCGAAGAUCUCCUUCUCCACACUUUCCCCAUUCCUCCCUUUCUGGUCAAGUCAGCCUACAACAAAGUCUACAACGCCGUUUCUGGGUCGGCAACCGAGGCCUUAGACGAAGCGGUGCGUUUAGGCCUCCAAAGAGACGAGGCAGCUCAUAACUUGGUGUUCGUUUUAGGGUUCAACACUUUCGGAGGGGUUAAGGUUAUGUUCCCGACCAUCAUGAAGUGGGUCGGAUUAGCCGGCGAGGGUCUACACAAGAAGCUCGCCGACGAGAUCAGGACCGUCGUUAAAGCAGACGGUGGGUUGACACUAGGGUCAUUGGAUAAGAUGAGCCUGACCAAAUCAGUGGUGUGGGAGGCCCUGAGGAUUGAGCCUCCGGUUCCGUUCCAGUACGGGAAGGCGAAGAAGGAUUUGGUGAUCCAGAGCCAUGACGCGAGGUUUGAAAUAAAGAAAGGAGAGAUGAUAUUCGGGUACCAACCGUUGGCUACGAGGGACGCGAGGGUGUUCGAGAGAGCCAAUGAGUUCGUGGCAGAGAGGUUUGUCGGGGAAAAAGGGGAGAAACUGUUGAAGUAUGUGUACUGGUCGAAUGGGCGCGAAACAGAGGAUCCUAGCACGGAGAACAAGCAGUGUGCGGGGAGGAAUCUGGUGGUGCUAUUAGGAAGGUUAUUGCUUGUGGAAUUCUUCUUGCAGUACGAUACGUUCAGUAUUGAAGAGAAGACGUCAGUUCUUGGACCAGCCAUUGCGAUCAAGUCGUUGACCAAGGCCACCAGCUUCUAAUCAUAUUAUCCUCCACUAUUACUAUUUUCUCGCGGAGCUACAUUAUUGUGAUGUGUACGCGCUUUAAUUACACCUUUGUUUUUGUGAAGUUGUGGUUGCUCUGCGAUAUGUCGUGCCCAGAAAAUCAAGGAGGGUAUAAACUUUGUCAAAGGAUGCUUGGCGCAUGUUUAAUUUCAUUUCUGCCUUCGAAACUGUUUGUGUUUUAGUACAUCUAUUAGUUAUAGUUUGCUCGUAAAGAUUCGAACCUUAAUUUGGUUAUAUCUAAUUUUGCUAGACCCAACUAUCAUCUACUUGUUUGUCAUUA